UAAACAUUUGUGAAUGGCUUCAUACUGACUGAGAUGUGGAAUGGUUUAUAAUGUUUUAUCAGCACUUUAGCAGAUGUUGUUUUUAUUCGAUGUGACGUCCUUCAGGGCUGGAUUGUAACAGGGAAACGAUGUCGGACACUGAAGGCGCUCGCAGUCCAGACCAGCUGAAUAGAUUCCAGAAACUGAGACACAGGCCGCCGCACGGUGAGACGUUAGCAGGUCAUCGUAUGCCCCCUGCCCGCAGUGGGCAUCGCUGUGUUGCGGACAACACUAACCUGUAUGUGUUUGGAGGGUACAACCCUGACUACGAUGAGUCAGGAGGCUCAGAGAAUGAAGACUAUCCGCUGUUCAGGGAACUUUGGAGGUACCACUUUGCCACCGGCUGCUGGCAGCAGAUUCGAACAGAGGGCUACAUGCCCACAGAGCUGGCGUCUAUGUCAGCUGUUUUGCACGGCAACAACCUCCUGGUGUUCGGUGGCACCGGGAUUCCCUUUGGUGAGAACAAUGGCAAUGACGUACACGUUUGUAACGUGAAGUACAAGCGAUGGUCACUGCUCAACUGUCGGGGGAAGAAGCCCAACAGAAUAUAUGGACAGGCUAUGGUUAUUAUAAAUGGCUUCCUGUACGUGUUUGGAGGGACGACGGGUUACAUCUACAGCACAGACCUGCACAGGCUGGACCUGACCACCAGGGAGUGGAUUCACCUCAAGCCCAACAACCCUCCAGACGACCUGCCUGAGGAACGGUACAGACAUGAAAUAGCACAUGACGGACAGAGGAUCUACAUUCUGGGAGGAGGAACGUCCUGGACAUCUUACCCUCUGGACAAGAUACAUGCUUACAAUCUGGAGACUAAUUCCUGGGAGGAGAUUUCAACUAAACCUCACGAUAAAAUAGGGUACCCUGCUCCUAGGAGAUGCCAUAGCUGUGUACAAAUACGAAAUGAUGUAUUCAUCUGUGGAGGCUACAACGGGGAAUUGAUAUUAGCUGAUCUGUGGAAGAUCAACCUGCAGACUUUCCAGUGGAGUAAACUACCAGCAGUGAUGCCUGAGCCGGCCUACUUCCACUGUGCUGCUGUCACCCCAGCUGGCUGUAUGUAUAUCCAUGGUGGCGUAGUGAACAUCCAUGAGAACAAGAGAACUGGCUCUCUGUUUAAGAUCUGGCUGGCUGGGCCCAGCCUGCUGGAGCUAUGCUGGGAGAAGCUCCUCAAGGCCUUUCCCCACCUGACUUCACUCCCCACCAUACAGCUGCUCAACCUGGGCCUCACACAGGAACUCAUUGAACGCUUGAAAUAGGCCGCACGGCGGAGGACGGACAAAUGAAUGGAUGGGACAGACUGGGAGGAGUUGAGGUCUGACAGAGCACAGAAUUCAAUUCAUAGCAAAAUUCUCUGGAAAACACACUCUCCCUCCCCUGCCUAACGUAGCCCCGCCUUAAAACCAAAAACAAUGGGAUGCCUUUUUUUUUUUUUUUUUUUGCUGUUUCAGUGAAGAUAAAUUAAUUAAAUGUGGAAUGUUUUAUGGAUUUUACUCAACUUCCCCCCACUUACAUGAUGCCUUUGUGUCAAGCUAAACAAGAAUUCCCUCUUAUCCUCCAAACUGUGACAGCUGGAAAUACUUUAUUUUGCCAUGUCAUAUUUUCAAGGACCAUCUCUCAAAUGUAAAAAAGAAAAAGAUCUGCCUUCUCUAGUACUUUAAAAAAAUCUGUGCAAAGGAAGAAUGCAUGUGUAUUUAUUUGAAGGACUACAUUUCUUUCAUCAUCUGAUUGCUGUUUGCACACUUUGUCUUGCAUAUUUGUGGACGUUUACUUUUUAAAUAGAUCUCAUAAUCAAUCUAUCUUCUAAGUCUGAUACAUGGAAGACGAUAGUUUUGCUAAAGGAUCAUGCCAGUGUUUUUGCACAUUAUAGCCAAUUUAAUCCAAAUCUCAUUUAUAAUUUGUUUCUGCCAACAUGCUGUUUUAGUUUUUUUUUUUUUUUUUAUAAAAUGAUUUUGCGACCUUCCAGGCAGCAACUUUCAGAAGCUUGAGACUUGUACAUUGUUGAAGUUAUGUUACAUUGCAUACAUUUGUCAUAAAUUAAAGCAGACAUGAUAUUCACUUUGAGGGAUUACCAAUCUUAAAUAUCUUUUUAAGUUGUUUUCAGAGUAUUUGUGGUAAAUUAGCUAAAACAUGCAGAAACACUGGAUGCUCUUAAUUAGUGUAACGGAGGAAAGGUUCAAUGCUGGAUUCGCCCAUGUCUGAGCACUUGUAUUUUCCAUUAUACAUUAUGUUACAGCCUAGUCUGCAAAAAUGAAUAAGGGUGGGUAUCUUCAAAGUUGUUUCAUUACCAUGCCAUUUGCUUUCAGGUCUCAUUUGUACACCAAACCGUGCAACACAUCACUGUGAAUCUGGUGCUCUUUAAAAUUAAAUUUAAAUGCUUUUAUUCAAAUAAAGACUUCAUUCUAUUAAGACAUUUACUCCCUUUCUGUUGAUGACACAACAUGUUUGGCACAGGGAGUUGCUUUAGUAGCAUGAUGAUACCAACAUUUCUUUUUACUGCAGUGCCUUUUUCAGACUUUUAAUGAGGCUGAUAUUUCAUCAAUAGGCAGUAUAAGAUCUUCACAUAUCUAGACAAAAGGGUUUAUGUUGUAAAUUGUGUUUAAGAAAGUGAAUAUUUUAGCUAUUUUUGACCAAGCCGUUGAAUAUAAUCGCUAAACAUCUUGGUGUCAAAUAACUUUCAUAUGCUGUUUCAAGGAUGCAGAGACUUUGUAUUCUCUGUUAAAAGCCAGACGGUAGACUUAAGGACAGGAUGCAGCAUAUUCGGCCUUUUGGGUAUUAGUCCUAACAGCACUUGAUAAAACACAUACAGUUACUAUGUGUAAUUCAUUAAACAGAUGCCAAAUAAUUGAAACUUGCAUAAAGUGAUUCUAAUGAUGAAUGAGAGGUAAGACCCAGGAAGGGAUGUUGCUCUAUGGUUUGAUCUGCCUGCACUACUUUACAUUACAUUACAUCUUUAUUUAUGUUCAACAUAAAACUACUUUGUGCAUGAUGUCAUUUCCUGCUUUUAAAAUUAACAUAAUCACUUUUACUAUGGGAUAUAGUUUUAAAGAUGACCACUAAAAUGUUGUACAGUAGGCUUGUGUGAAUGUUGUGUUGGAAUAAUGUCAAUAAAAGUGUUCUGUAAAUAAAAAAAUAAAAAAAAA